CAAUUUAUAAUUUUUCAAACAAGUUAGAUAAAGUUAGACAAGUAUUUCUUUAUACAUCUAAACAAUCAUGUCUGGAGGAAUGGCAGGACUUCGUAAGCUGGCGGACAAGCUCUUCACUCCCAACGAAAUUCGUCGUUUUCAGGCGUACAAAAACCGUUUUAGUGAGAAGUAUCUGAGUGUGGAGGGCUUGAAGUCCAAUUUCAAGAAACCGAAUUUCGAAAAACUCUUCAAUCGCCGUAUGUUUUCAUCAAACAAAGAAGCAUGCCACGAAGAGCCAAAAGCCAAGCGGGAAUGUGACCCCAGCUGGGAUGAGGUCCAUCCUCCCGGUCCGCCUUACGAGCCAUAUGAUUCACAUUUUUGGUAUCCAGAUCCCGAGUAUAUGAAUAAACAGCAAUAUGUAGUGAUGUUUCCUGAAGGUGAUGAGUGGAAGAGGCGACCAAAUACCACGGGAAAAAAGAUUCCACCCGUUGAUCGCACUUUUCGCACCAAGUUCAUCAACUUUGGACCCGCCCAUCCGGCGGCCCAUGGAGUAUUACGCAUGAUCCUCGAGCUGGAUAAUGAAACUGUACUAAAUGCCGAUCCCCACAUUGGUUUAUUGCAUCGUGGCACUGAAAAGCUAAUAGAGUACAAGACUUAUACACAGGCUUUGCCUUACUUCGAUCGUUUGGAUUAUGUUUCCUGUAUGGCCAAUGAGUUGGCAUAUGCCUUGGCAGUGGAGAAGCUACUAAAUGUGGAGGUUCCUCGGCGGGCCAAGUAUAUAAGGACCAUGUUCUCGGAGAUCAUGAGGCUUACCAAUCACACCAUGGCUAUAGCUUCGUCGGUUCUCGAUUGCGGGGCUAUAACACCAUUAUUUUGGUUGUUCGAGGAGCGUGAAAAGUUAUAUGAAUUUUCGGAAAGGGCUUCGGGAGCUCGUCUACAUGCCGCCUACAUUCGCCCGGGCGGUGUGGCCGCUGAUAUACCACUGGGAUUCCUCCACGAUCUCUAUCAGUUUAUCAAUCAAUUUAGCGAUCGAUUGGAUGAGGUGGAGGAUGUUGUUACGGAUAAUCGCAUCUGGCGUAUGCGUAAUAUUGGCAUUGGUGUAAUAUCAGCACACGAUGCCUUAAACUAUGGAUGCACUGGACCCGUUCUACGAGCCACUGGUAUCAAAUGGGAUCUACGAAAGCAACAGCCCUAUGAUGCCUAUGAUGAGAUCGAUUUCGAUGUGGUUGUGGGAUCGAAUGGGGAUUGCUAUGAUCGUUACCUAGUGCGAAUGCGUGAAAUGCGCGAAUCGGUUAAUAUCAUUAAACAGUGCAUCGACUGUAUGCCACCGGGUGAGAUCAAGGUGGAUGAUCUCAAGAUCUGUCCCCCAAGACGGCGCAAGAUGAAGGAGGGCAUGGAAGAUCUGAUCCAUCACUUUAAGCACUUCUCGCAGGGCUUCUAUGUGCCACCGGGUGCGACCUACACUGCCGUGGAGUCGCCCAAGGGAGAAUUUGGAGUAUAUCUCAUUUCCGAUGGUUCAACACGCCCCUAUCGCUGCAAGAUUCGUCCAGCGUCCUAUGCCCACCUCGCCCUCAUGGCUAAAUUGGCACCUGCUCACUUUCUGGCCGAUAUUGUGGCCAUUAUAGGAUCUCUGGAUAUCGUCUUUGGCGAAAUCGAUCGUUAGUCGGGGCUUGGUGAAUUAAUAUUAUUUUUAUUGUAGAGCCUUUUAUGUGUAUAAACAAUAAACAUUCAAGAGGUGACUAAAGUACCAUAUCUA